GUGACUGUAGAAGCCACCGAAGACUGUGAUCUAUUCAUACUCACACGCCACGACUUGUUGGAGCUGAUGGAAGAAUUGCCAGAACUCAGAGACAAAAUCAAGCACAACCUAAUUGAGAUGAAGAUGGAGAUUCACGAACUCAAACAUUUCGAAGUCAAUGACCUGGAGAUGCGUGACGAGAUGACUGAGGUCGAUCCCUAUGGCAACAUCAUUG